CGCUCAGUUGUUUCAAACUGUUAGCGGGCGAAGGCUGACUAUUCAAAAGCCUUGCCAACAUCGAACUUAGUUUAAAAGUUUCUAAGUAUAUUUUAACUUUCAAAAUAAUAAAGCAAAUAAGUUGUAAGUUAAAUAUUAAGAUUAUAAAACUCGAGCAAGUUUAUUUAUGGUAAGAACUAAAUAAAAAAAGACUUUAUUUUUAAUAUUCGUUUGGACUACAGUGGCGUGUGUAUAGUGUUUUGGUGCAAAAUUAAGAAUUGUGAGUAGAAAUUGUACGAGUUUUGCGUUAACCGGACCGGUUUAUUAUAAUCAGAAACAAUGCUACCACGAAAAAGGAGCACGCGGCUGAUGCUGCUCACAGUGCUGUCUCUCGUCAAAUACACGCAACAAUAUGGAUCGGGAGCGCCGCCUAUGGCCUGCCUCGACCAACUGCCCCGACACAACGGCAUCCAAGCGCAGACGUCGGUGCCGCCGUACGCCAUCAUGACGUCGGCCUCGCAAGUGCGCCAGGGAGACACGCUCAACGUCACCAUCGGCAGCCCCUUCGGAGCACCCACGCCUAUAGGGGGCUUCUUGUUACAAGCUAGAGAAGUACAGGACACGAAUAAGAUAGUGGGCCGCUUCACGCGAAUCCCCGGGCCCGCACAGAUCACCAGCUGUCGCGGACAGAACGACACCGUGACCCACACCUCGCCUGAUGAGAAGCCGCCGCUCAGCUUCGUGUGGCAGGCGCCUAACGACUUCCUGGGAGGAGUUGAGUUUAGAGCCACAGUGGCUCAAGGCUACGACACCUUCUGGAAGAACGUGGAGUCGCCGCUGGUGGAGGUGGUGUCCAAGAGCACAGAGAUCGUCACCACCGAACCGCCCUUCACCACCAGGAGGCCUGCGCACGGCCCGCCUGUCAUUAUGGAGAACAAGCCAACAACAACACCGGCUCCAUUUGAUUUAAUCUACCAAGGUUGUGCAGACACCAAGCUCUGUUUCGGCGUACCCCAAAACUGCAUUCAAAGCGGGAACUGCAAAGCUAUAGUUGCUAUAUUCGUCACAGGCGACGUGUACACAUUUGAAAUACAAGGAACUGACAACCCAAAAUACGUGGCAGCUGCCCUCAGUAUGGACAGCAAGAUGGGAGACGACAGUGCUAUGGAGUGUGUGAGAAAUGACAACGGCAGAGUCAACCUCUUCACCUCGUGGACAUAUCCUAAAGUGGAACCUUACGUCAGGAGGUCCGAUUCCCCACAAAACAUUGUCCAGUUGCUAGAAUCUUCCACCAUUGACGGCAAGUUGUACUGCAAAUUCAAGAGAGAUACAGUUUCAACUGUUAUGGGACAGACGUUCGAUUUAGCAAGUAAUCGGUAUAAUUUGAUGGUCGUUUCCGGCAACUCUAUGAAAGAGGCCGACAGGGUAGGUUUCCACGGGCUGGCGUACGAGGCGACCGGGCAGGCGCUGUCCCUGGCGUCAGUGGGCGCCGCCGCCGGGGGCUCCAAGCUGCUGCUGAAGCUGCACGGGAGCUUCAUGAUCAUCGCCUGGCUGGGCGCUGCCUCGCUCGGCAUUGUGCUGGCUAGAUAUUUCAAAAAGACCUGGGUUGGAAAGACGCUUGGAGGAGUUGACAUUUGGUUCGCAUAUCACAGAAUCCUGAUGGUGCUCACAUGGGUGCUGACCAUUGUCGGCUUCAUACUGAUCCUCGUGGAGGUGGGCGGCUGGCAGACCACGGGCGACAACCCGCACGCUAUCACUGGCAUAGUCACUGUGGUGCUGUGCUUCAUACAGCCUAUUGGAGCAUUCUUCAGGCCGCACCCGGGCACCAAGAACCGGCCGAUAUUCAACUGGCUGCACUGGCUCGUCGGAAACUCCGCGCAUACUCUUGCGGUGGCCACCAUCUUCCUGGCCGUGUACCUGCAGAAGGCAGAGCUGCCGCCGUGGACGGUGUUCGUGCUCACCGCGUACGUGGUGUUCCACGUGCUCGCUCACGUCGUGCUGUCGCUUACGGUUUGUGUAUCGGAGGGUCGGAUUAGCAACGGCAGAGUGAACUCGUUCCCCAUGAAGGACAUGCUGGGCCAGUCCCGACAGGUCACAGCGGUUGACAGGAGUUCAGACGCUCCGUUCUCUGGCUUCAGGAAGCACUUACUCGGAGUGUACGCGCCCAUCAUCCUGCUGUUCGUCAUCGCCAUGAUCUGCCUCGUGGCGCUGGCGCCCAUCGGUAGCACCUACAACAACUUGAUGGGCGCUUGAAUUGUUCUGUCAAAGACUUUUGUGUAUAGGGACAGUGAGAAAAAUACCAGUCAAGUAUACUCAGAGACAAAAUUAUCCGCCCACCUUAAUAUGACGCGAUUAUAUUAAAAUAGGCGGAUAACUGUGCCUCUAAGUAUGUAAAACAGGCCUUCUAUCUCCUUAAGGAGAGGUCGAUUUAGAGCUUUGACCCACUUUCUCGGUCCUUAGUAUAUACAAAAGCCUUUCUACCAACAGAAUACUUAAUAUUUAAGAGCAUGUUUAGUGAUACAGAAAUAUUUAACAGCCUCUUAAAUGUUAAGUGUUUUAGUAUUAUGUAUGUAUGGAAAUGUAUGUCGCAACAAACUUCUAGUAUUUACUUAACUUAUUAAAAACUAAAAUAAAGGGAAUCCUUGCCAUAAAUUAAAAAAAAAUUGUGUGCCAGCUCCGACGCACGAAUGGAGUUUAUUCUUUAUGAUCGAUUGUCUAAAUAGGUGUAUGUUGCCGCGCAGCAUACACCUAUUUAGACAAUCAGCAAGUCUCAAUACUCGCGCCUGAAAAGUGAAAGGUACGCAACCGAGGAGCUGCAGGCAGCGGCAGCGCACGGUGAAAAGUGCGCAGAAUAGGUUGCGCACAAAAACGUAACGCUGUCAUUCGUUCAUCGAGUUUUACUGUCCAUACUUUUCUCAUACCGGGGGCUGUUUAUGAAAAAUCGAUACUUGAGGAAAUAAACUCCUAAAAUCUAAAUUUAAUACUAGUUUAAAAUUAUAAAAUUUCUUCACAAGCACUUUUAAAACAUCAAAAAGUACCACCAGAUUGGAAGACAGGUUCUUCUGAGUAGAACCGCCAAUCAACAGUUGCUCUUUAAAAACAUGAUUCUUCACUUUUAAAUUGAAAUAAAUAAAUAACUGAACUCACCGUGGAUAUACAACGUAAUACGCGAUGUUGCCAGAACAAACUCAUGACUAAAGAUGGGAUGGGUUUUGUACUAGUCGUAUUUUUGUUUUUUGGGAAAACCAACUAGAAGUUUGGUGCGAUUCUAUUUGGUUCUAUUAAUUUAUGUACAGGGUUAGAAGAUAAGUGUAACAAAAAGUAUUCUAUGUAUCCGGUGUUGAAAAUGAUCAAAGUUUCCGUCCAAUUUAUUAAAUAUACUAUAGUCUGGCAAGUUCGUUGACCCCAUGAUAUGCAGGCGACGGGGGGAAAGACUGCGAGGGUGUGAAAUCGUGCGUGCGGGGAAGUGAGGUGCAUCAGUCGUGGGUUUUUCAUUCAUCGCUACACGCCCCACGGCCCGCGCGGACCAUCGGGAGUGUUACGAACGAAGUUGCCAAGCUAUAGUUUAUACAAUAGAUUAUAUAUAUACAUUUAUAGUGAACAAUUAAAUAGUAUAGACAACAUGGGUGUUAGCCUCAGACCAAUUACAUUUGGACUUCGCACUCAAAUUCACCAACAAUAUUAUCUGUACUUUUUUGAGGGGACGAGGUAAACUCACACAUCGAAAAUAUUUAACACCAAUAAAUACAUUUUCUCUCCUUACACUACACACAACUAUAGGUUUAAAUCGUAAUACACACAUGUGUAAUUUUAACACAGUGAAACAUCGAUUCUUACACAGUUUGUGUAAACACGUUAGAUCGUGAUCAUAUAAUUUUUGACAGAGGGGUGACUUCUAGCGAGGCAGGUCCUAUGGUAAUUGGUUUGAGGUGUUGGCAGGUAGGUGCUUGGGAAAGAAUGAAAAGUUGACAAUUUGUAAAAUUAGGAAAAGUUUGGAAUUCAAGUUUUGGAUACCUGUAGUUGUAAAGAAGCCAAGUUUUAGAUUCUCUCACUCCUAGCAAUGCCAAGUUUAAUAAUAUGUCACUUCUGUUAAAACCAAGUUUAUGAUUUCUUCAGUUUCAGAUUCUGUCACUGUACCAACGCAAAACUUGCGAUUCCACAUUCCAUAGUUUUGUUUGCAAGUUUCAGAUUUUGUCAUAAGUUUAGGAAUUCUUUUCUUCUUGCUUGAUUAUAAAAACCUGCCGACACCCAUGAUUAACAGUAAUUUAUCUCAUCGAGUCUGUCCAAAGAGAACGUUAGAUAUAGCUUUGAGAUAUAUUUACAGAUAUUCAAACAAUGUGUCGUUAAUAAUUAUUGUUAUUAUUAAGUCUAAUAUUGUUUUUACGUAUAAAUUUGUUAUGUUAUCUUAUUAGGAUACUCUCUGAGAACGGGAUGAGGAAAUAAUACUGCAAGCACGACUCUGGGACUCUUUACCCUACUUUAUUGACAUUAAUAAUGUGUAAUAUGGCUUGACAAUUAAUUAAUUUGUGUGAAGUUGUACGCAAACACUCAAUAAUUAAAUCAAUGUUAUCCGAUAUAGACAUUUAAGUAGGGUAAAAUGGCCUAAUGUCGAACUCUGGCUAUAUUACAAAAUACAAUAUUAUUUCCUUUGGGGCAACCUACAUAAGGACAAUAUUAUAGAAAAGUGUUUGGGGCCCUAAAUAUUUUUAAGUUUAAAAAAUGUUAUUGGAAAGUUUUAUCAAAAUCGAAUCAGUAAAAAAAUAUAAUGGGAACGCGGUAAGUACAAGUAGCCAUAAACAAGAGAAUGUCUUAAUGCUUCUUAGAUGUGUAACGUCAUGCCUUUUAAAAAAACUGACAUCACAAAAUUUGUGAUAUUUCGAAUACUACAGCUUACAUAGAAGUAAUGAAUGAAUUGUUUCAUUAAAUAAAUAAAAAUGAGCCGUCACGGGACGCCUGGCAGAUGUAAAACAUCGACAUUAUUUUGUAAAUUUACUUAACAGAUGAUACCAUCAUAUAGCGAGGCGACGCGUCGCCACGCCAGAAUUUUUUUUUUCACGCCAGAAACGGUUUUACUUGCGACUAUAGAUAAUUCACAUCAAUAAAGGUUUUUGUACUACGUACGUUCGGAACCCUAAUAUUUUUGAUUUUAUAUAAUAAAAUUAUGUUUAAGUUAUAGUUUUUAACUCAGGACAGUUAGGGGCGUACACAGGAACAACUUCAUUUAUUAAAAAAAAAAACAUAGUUUAUAGCGUUGUUAUGGACCCAACAGUGCGCGUGAUAUAAGUUUGCCUCUGAAGAUUGUGCCUAUUAAAGUAUUUUAGAUUAAUCAACUAUUUAUGUAAUUAUUGCAAUCGCAAACUAUGCUACUUAUAAAAACAAUUAAUCAACUUGGUGUUUGACGAAGUUCAUAAUGUUUUCUAUGUUGUGGUGCAUUUUUGAACCUCUUAUUUUUACCACACAGCUGGACACUUCAGCUUAUUCAGCUCGUUCAUAAGAAAUAUUCUUCAUGUAAAUUAUACCUAUUCAACUAAUUUUAUUAUAUUGAAUGUGAAAUGGCUACUAAUUUAGAAGUUAAUUUACAUACUUACCUUACUAGUUAAAUAGGAUGAAAAUGAUAAUAAGUUGUUAAUGUAAAUACAGAUCUAUUAAAACACA